CAACCGCGAGUCCUCUCCUGAUACUGUUGACUCACCAGCAAUAUUCCAUCUUACAUUCGCCAAGAUGGCUCGAGGAAAGUGGAUCGACAAGAAGACGGCGCAGCACUUCACGCUCGUCCACCGGCCGCAAAAUGACCCCCUCAUCCACGACGAAAAUGCGCCGUCCAUGGUGCUCAACCCUACACAGCCCGCAGACGGUCCCGCCAAGGGAAAGCACCUAGAUGAUUUGGCUUCAGAGCUGGGCUACGAUGCCGAUAACAUCCGCGCGAACGAAGGCGAGGCUGCCGGCCACGGCGUUUACUUUGACGACUCCGAAUAUGAUUACAUGCAACAUUUGCGAGACCUCAACGCUGGAGGCGGCGAGGUUGUAUUCAUCGAAUCUACCGAUGCGGCGAACCAGGGCAAGGGGAAGCAGAAGGAAUCGCUGUCUGACGCCUUGAAGAAGAUGAACCUGGAGCAGAAAUCUGGCGACAUUCUUGACGAAGAAAUUCUGCCCUCCAAGAACCUCACUCGGGUCACCUAUGAGGCGCAGCAAAAUAUCCCAGACGCCAUCAAGGGCUUCCAACCGGACAUGGACCCGCGAUUGCGAGAGGUUCUGGAAGCCUUGGAGGAUGACGCGUAUGUUGAAGACGACGAUGAUGUUUUUAAUGAGCUUGCCAAGGACGGACGAGAACUUGACGAGUACGAGUUUGACGAACAACAAUACUUUGAGGAAGAUGACGGUUGGGAGUCAGACGACACCGCAAAGCCGACCAAGGAAUACAAGGAGGAUGCCGUCCCUGAUCUCGUCAAAGCCCCCGGGGAACAGCCCGACGAGGGACCCUCUCAGGACUGGAUGGAUGAUUUCAAGCAGUUUAAGAAGGAGCAAAAGGGUGGCCGCCCACAGGUUGGGGCCUCGCCGUCCGAGUUGCAAUCAAACUGGACGACAACCACCAACGGCGGAAGGCGGAAGAAGAGAAAGGGAGCGCUCACCAACCCAUCGAGCUACUCCAUGACGUCUUCGUCACUUGUACGAACAGAGCAGAUGACACUGCUUGAUGCGAGGUUUGACAAGAUUGAGGAGGCAUACAACGAGGAUUUCGCAGACGAUAUGCAAUCCGUGUCUGCCAUCUCAACGGCGUCUAGCGUCCAAGGGCCGGUGCGCAGCGAUUUCGAUGGCAUCAUGGAUGAGUUCCUUGGAGGAUUUACCAAGCCUGGAAAGAGAACGUCCAAGAAGAUGAGGCCCCAAACCGGGCUCGAGCAGCUGGAUGAGAUUAGGCAAGGCCUUGGACCGGCUCGAAUUCGUGGUCGGAUAAGGUGAGCGAGUGCUGGUCCGGGAUAUAUUUAUCGGGAUACCUAUCGGGAUAUUGUCAUAAAAGUUGAGUCUAUGGUCGUAAUGAAUAUAAAUGAAGUCCUUUUGCCACAUAAAUCAAAAUUGCUG